AUGCCCUCGACUGCGGCUGUCCGCCAACGUGCCGCAGAAUCUGCCCUCCACGACCAGACCAAUCUCCUGGGGACGAGACAACUCUUUAUCGUCUUCUCUUCCCUAGCUUCGGCCCUGUUCAUUUGUUAUGCUGACCAGAAUGGCAUCGGGACCAUCCUCCCGACGGUCGGGCGCGACUUCAAGGCCACGGAAACCAUCUCCUGGGCAGGUACAUCGUCGCUCAUCUCCAACACCUCCAGCCAGAUCAUAUACGCCCGCUUCUCUGACAUCUAUGGCAGAAAGCCCGUGUUUCUUUUCUCGGUAGGCAUGCUUGUGUUGGCAGACAUCCUGUGCGGCGUUGCCCCGGACGCAUCGAGUUUCUACUUUUUCCGAGCCCUCGGGGGCAUUGCAGGGGCGGGCAUCAAUUCCUUGACCAUGAUGAUCAUCUCUGACAUUGUCACGCUGGAGCAGCGAGGGCGAUGGCAGGGGUUUCUGGGUGCUGGGAUCGGUGGUGGCAAUGCUGUAGGUCCGCUGAUUUCGGCUGCAUUUGCGCUGCACCAGACAUGGCGAGCAUUCUUCUGGUUUCUUGCUCCUUGCGGUGCCAUUGCCGGGGUUAUUGGAUGGUUCUACCUUCCCUCCACCAUGCCCAAGGGGAACGCGAGACAGCAAUUCAAGCUCAUUGACUGGGGAGGAAUCAUCACUGCUACCAUUGCUAUCGUGCUGAUCUUGAUCCCGCUUUCCGGGGGUGGUUCAUACUUUGAGUGGUCCUCGCCAAUGGUCAUUUCCAUGCUUGUCAUCGGCGGUCUGUCCCUGGUGGCCUUUCUUAUCGUCGAGUGGAAGGUGGCCAGCCUGCCCAUGAUGCCCCUGAGCAUGUAUACCAGUGCACCAGUGGCGGCCAUCCUGGUCCAGAACUUCUUUUUCGGCAUGGUCUACUAUUCCAACCUUUACUACCUGCCGUUGUAUAUCCAAAAUGUGCGAGGGUGGGAUACGACGAUUUCGGCGGGAUUUCUGGUCGCCAUCAACGUCCCGCAAUCGCUCGUCAGUACGGUGUCUGGCAUCUUCAUCUCUCGGUACAAGCGCUACGGCGUCGUGAUCUGGACGGGAUUCAUCAUUUGGACUCUGGGGGCUGGACUGAUCUGCAGCUUCUCGCGAACAACGCACCCCGCGGUCAUUGCAGUCAUACUCUCCAUCUCCGGGAUUGGCGCCGGCUGCAUCUUCCAGCCUGUCCUGAUCGCCUUGCAGGCACACUGCUCCAAAGCGCAGCGAGCGGCAGUCGUCUCGAACCGAAACUUCCUGCGCAGUUCCGGGGGCGCUGUAGGACUCUCAAUCUCAGCACAAGUCUUGCAGAGCUCUCUUCGGAGGAAACUCCCACCUCGACUGGCGAGCUAUUCGCACAACACGUUUGCGCUCCCUCCCCUGAGCGGUGCCGAUGAGGACGCAGUGAGAGACGCGUACAUGGGCGCGAUUCGAACCGUCUUCAUCGUGUCGGCGCCCAUGGUCGGCCUCUGUCUGGGGCUGUGUCUCUUCAUCAAAGACCGCGGCCUCCAGCGACCGGAAGAGAGGGAGCAGGCGAUGAUCGCGAAAGCAGCACCAGCGGCAGUGGCUGAUGGCACUCAGGAGGAGAUGCGAGAGAAGCAAGACCCACAGCAGAAACAGAUGUCGACUACGGAAGAGGACGCUGAGCACUCUCUUACAGUUCACAGGGAGGAUCACCCGGAAGAAACUAGGAUAGACGUGUCACCAACUCCUGCUCCAGUAGUAUCACCCUCAUCAGCGCCGUCAGCACUGGUUGAUCAUGAUAGACAGGAAAGAGGAGAUCCCAGUAAGCAGUCAUGA